GAGCCGGCGGGGCUGGCCGGAGGCUGGAGAGCGGGACAUGGUGCUGGAGCCCCCCGUGACGCUCCCCGGGUGGGCAAGGGGCGGCUGGUGAGGAGCUGGAGAGCGGCGGCGGAGCGCGGCCACGGUGAGGGAGCCCCGAGGAUCCGGCUGGGGAGCCAUGGGGAGAUGCAACGGGCGAUGCACGCUGGUGGGAUUCUGCUGCCUGCAGCUGGUCGCGGCGCUGGAGAGGCAGAUCUUUGAUUUCCUGGGAUACCAGUGGGCCCCCAUCCUGGCCAACUUCCUGCACAUCAUGGCCGUGAUUUUGGGGAUUUUUGGGACGAUCCAGUACAGAUCCAGAUACCUCAUGAUGUACGCGGUGUGGUUGGUGCUGUGGGUCGGCUGGAACGCCUUCAUCAUCUGCUUCUACCUGGAGGUCGGGCGCUUGUCACAGGACCGAGACUUCAUCAUGACCUUCAACACGUCCCUGCACCGCUCGUGGUGGAUGGAGAACGGCCCUGGCUGCCUGGUGACGCCGGUGCUCAACUCCCAGCUGGCCCCCGAGGACCACCACGUUAUCACGGUCAGCGGCUGCCUGCUGGACUAUCAGUACAUCGAGGUGCUGAGCAGCGCCACGCAGAUCUUCCUGGCGGUGAGGAAGCCUCUCCCCUCGGCACCGGGAGCGGGGUCCGGCUGGAGGGGUCCCCAUCGCACAUUUCUGUCACCCAGGGGGGAGCGGCCGGCACCCAGGGGUGCUGCCCGCCCCGGAACUCGUCAGGUUGAGGGUUGGAUGCUGCGGGGAGGGAGGAAUCACUCGCUGGGAGGGAUGUCCCUCCCUUGUCGGUGA